AUGGAGGUUUCAAUCGAACGGAUCAACCUUAAUUGGCAGGAUGAUUCACAACAAAAAUGUGAAGGGAAAAUCAGCAUAUGUGACAAUGAUGAUGACAUGAAGAAAGGUCAAGUCAUGCAAAAUUGGCUCUCAUUAGGAAUUAGAGGUGGCAACAGAUGGCUGAAAGAAGGCUGGAAAUGUUUGGCCACGCAAAUGAGAACAGGAGUUGAUCCUUUAAGAAGAGUAGUAUGUUUAAACAAGGGACAAGUAAUGAAGAUAAAAAAUGUACAAGAUUCGUUGGUACUUUAUUGGAGCAUAUUGCCUGGUAGAGCAAAGUGGGAAACAAAGAGGAAAAGAUUCAUGCACUUGAUAUAUAUUCCGCUAAGGAACUGUGAUGUUGACUUGAGACCUAAAACUGCAAUUGUAAACACAAUGUAA